GUGCCUUUUUUUUGGUUUCAUUUUUGAAGCGCCGCAUUGUGACGGAGGAGCAACACCAUGGCACAAAUAUCUAGAAAGAGAGCUAGCUCUCUUUCUAGAUCCAACUGCCUCUCCAACUCCUUGACACGCACCAGUUUAAUGGGGAAGAAUGGCGCGAGUGUGGUUGGAGAGCGUCAACUCUUUACCAGGGAUUCCCCACAGUGUGCUGUCGGUGCCCAUGGAAAAUAAGUACAAAUGUCAGCAGUGUCUCCAGGUCCUCAGGAAGCCUGUCCAGGCUCAGUGCGGCCACCGCUUCUGCGUACACUGCUUCAAGCAGCUCACCAGUUCAGGUCCAAAGCCGUGCGAGGCCUGCCGGCAGGAAAAGAUCUAUGAGGAGCCCACCUCCAUCCUCAACAUUGGCGAGGCCUUUCCGGACAACGCGGCCGGCCGAGAAAUAGCAAGCCUGCCUGCGCAGUGUUUGAACGCGGGUUGCAGCUGGAAAGGAUCCAUUAAAGAAUACGAGACGCAGCAUGAAGGCUCCUGCGACCUGGAGCGCGUGCAGUGCGAGGCCUGCCAGGCCUUCCUGUUGCGCUCGGAGAUGGAGCGACACAACGAGAGGGAGUGCGAGGCCCGAAUGCUCAACUGUAAAUACUGCAAAGUGUCGUGCAGCUUUAAAGACAUCAAGGCGCAUGAUGAAGUGUGCCUCAAGUUCCCCUUGCAGUGCAAAGAGUGUGGCAAAAAGAAGAUCCCGAGAGAAAAGUUCAACGAUCAUGUUCGAUCCUGCGCCAAGUCCAAGAGUGCCUGCCCCUUUAGCGAAGUUGGCUGCAAGUUUGUGCUGGACAACGGCAAGCUGAGCGACCACGAGCACAGCAGCGUCAUGGAGCACCUACGCAUGCUGCUGCCCUUGGUUCUGUCGGUGGCCCGGCCCGGCACAGAGGCCCCCGUCCCCGGCGAGUGGCAAGAAGACUCGGGUCUGGGCCUGUACAGGGCUCCUGAGGAGGGAGCCUCGUCCCCCGUGCCGCCCGCGGUCAGGGACAAGAAGGUGAGCGCCUUGGAGAACAUCGUGUGCGUUCUGAACCGCGAGGUGGAGCGCAGCUCGGUGACGCUGGAGGCCUUCUCGCACCAGCACCGCCUGGACCAGGACAAGCUGGAGAACCUGAACAACAAGGUGCAGCAACUGGAGCGGGCCUUGGCCAUGCGUGACUUGCAGCUGUCCGAGACGGAGCAGCUGGUGCGAGAACUGCAGUUCUGUACCUACGACGGCGUCUUCGUCUGGAAGAUCUCGGACUUUGCGCGCCGCAGGGUCGACUCCGUGGCGGGUCGGGCGCCCGCCAUGUUCUCGCCAGCGUUCUACUCCAGCAAGUACGGCUACAAAAUGUGCCUGCGCUUGUACCUGAACGGCGACGGCACGGGGCGGGGGACGCACCUGUCGCUCUUCUUCGUGGUCAUGCGGGGCCGCUGCGACGCGUUGCUCAAGUGGCCCUUCAGCCAGAAGGUGACGCUGAUGCUGCUGGACCAGAACAACCGCGAGCACAUAAUCGACGCCUUCCGUCCGGAUGUCACCUCCACGUCCUUCCAGCGGCCCGUGGGCGAGAUGAACAUCGCCAGCGGCUGCCCGCUCUUCUGCCCGCUGGGGAAGCUGGCCGGGAAGAGUCCGUACCUGCGCGACAACACCAUUUUCAUCAAGGCCAUCGUGGACCUGACAGGCUUGUGAGGUGAAAACUGCGGAAGUUUCCACCAAAAAGCACCAUUCACAGCAAAGUAGAAUAUUGCUAUUUCUAUUUACUAUAUACACACAGCUGACUGAUGCAGCUGUUAUUUGAGCCUACAAUAUUAUAAUAAUUGGAUAUAGUAAUAAUACAUAAUACAGCUAUUGAUUAUAUUUCACAUACUAUUUGCUUUGCUAAACAAAAUCUCUGUUCAUUGCUGUUUGGUUAACUUGUAUUUAUUGCAUAUACAUAACAUAUCUGUUAAGAGCCAAUACAUGAGCUGUAUUUAAUCAAAUAACAAACACAUUGUUAAAUCAGUGUCACGCCUGUACCUCAAAACUGAUUGCAUAUUAUUUUCAUAGAUAAAUUCCAGUUAUUAAGCAUUUCUUAAAGAGAAGUCUGUCAAUUUUGAAGUUUUUUUUUUUUAUAUAAUUCAAAAUAUUUAAAAUACAUCAAGAAUAUAUAAAUGUUUCAUUUAAAAAUAAUUACAAGUGUGUGUGUGUGUCUAUAUAUACAUAUAUAUAUGUGUAUACACACACAUAUAUAUAUGUGUGUAUAUAU